AAGUAAAUUGAAUUCUCAUUUAUCCCGAGGUUUUGAUCCUUUUAAAACUUUAUCCAUCAAUACAAAUACUAUUGAAUCUACGUCGGCUCCGGGCAAUGUUGUAAUGAUGAAAAAACCGGGUGUCUUAUAUGAUUCACUGCAGCAUCACCCGUUGGCACAAAUGCAGGUGCAACAUCAGCAGCCACAGCAGCAACAACAACACCAUAUACCCCAACAACAUCAGCAAGUAUAUCAGCAAACAACGGCGCCAAAGAUGACAAUAAUACCCAUUGCAGUUGAUGCAGCAUUAAAAUCAUCAUCAACAACUCCAGCAAGCACAGCAAUACCAACAACAACAAAUCAAACAUCGACGUCUACUGUCGAUGGACAUCGGUAUAGUCGUAUGGAAAUUCAUAAAGCUAGUUUGGCUACUGCUACAAUCGAUCAUCAGACUAACAGCAAGUUUGCUAGUAAAUUGACUGAUGUUAAUGAAAAACCAAUAUUGGCCGAUAUAGCCGAAAGCGGUACAAGUAGCACAACUUCAACUAGAGCAUCUACAAUGACAGACUUAACGGAAAUAAACAAAUCUUCAGCAACUCCGGUUACGCGACGCUUUAGGCCAAUGUCUUCAUUUGAUGAGCCAAAACAUAUGCGUCGCAUUUCAUAUUUACGUGCAACAAAUGAUGAUUAUCACUGCGAAAACUCGUUAUCAUCGUCAUCGGUAACGAACACAUCAACCGGCAGUGUAAACGAUAGUCUAUCGACAAAAUCUGCCACGGUAUUAUCACAACAAAUUGAAGAACAUCCGGAUCCGAUAUAUGAUGUUGUUAGCGGCGGUGGUGGAGGUGAUAGUGGAGCUGCAGAUAGUACAAGUGAAUCGUUAGAUGCGUUGGAAGAUUUAAAAUUAGAAACAUCUUCGCGUAGCAGUCGCAGAACUUCAGUUAAUAGUGAUAUAAGGCACAGUGUUCACAUUGAUAGUAUACCCAGUAUUGAUAUAACAAGUAAGUUUGAAACAAAAGAUGUUGCAACCGAAAUGGAAAUUUUUGAAACUGAAAUGGAAAUAAAAUCCACAUGUAUUAAUGGCAAACGACUUUCUGAAUAUCGUUCUUGGCGUCAAGUAAAAAUCGAGAUAAAAGGUGAUAUAUUAAAAAUAUAUCCCAGCCGCAAUACAAAAUCCGAUAAUAAUAUAAUAGAACUCGACAUUAGAAAUUAUAAAAUAUUCGAUGAAACUGAUAAAAAGAAAUAUGUAUUUCGUAUGCAAUCGAAACCCUCACCGAUCGCCACAUUGGGCAAUGAACUGAAUUUAGAUGAUGCGAAUGAUAAGUUAACAUCAUCAUCGGGUAGUUCGACAAAUGUACCUCAACAGUCAUUACAACAUACCGAUACACAGUAUCAACCACAUACCGAGAUUUUUUUCAAAACUAAAAGCAGUACAGAAAUGAGAAGAAUAUUUGGUUUAUUACAAUGGAAAAAUAGUUUAUUAAGUUACGAUAACAAUGAUCUUCAAGGUAAACAGCUAGCGGAACCACAAAAAACAGCCGCAACUGCUAGCAUGUCUACAUCAACAUACUGUGAUGAUAAUGUACAACAACAAUCAGCGCAACAUUUACAAGCAGAACAUUCUCCUUUAAGUUCGACAUCGCGUAGUGAAAUAGAAGCUUCGGAUUCUGUAUCCCCAGUGAUGAAAACUCGCAAAUCAUCAUCCCACAAAAAUAUACCCGACAAAGAUUUAGGUUCACCGAAGGCCAAAAACUGGAAAGAUUUAUUAUUUCGUCGAGGCGGUGGUAGUAGUAGUAGUGGUGGCCAUAAUGCUGACCUUUCACCCUCAAAUCUGUCUUCAUCCUCUAAGACAAUUGGUUCUAUAGGAGUGCCACUCAAAACAUGUCCCAUGUCCAAAAACAACGAAUAUGUACCAACUUUAGUUGAAGUCUGUACGAAUAUCGUUGAGACUAAAGGCUUGGGAGUGGUUGGUAUAUAUCGUAUACCCGGCAAUAAAGCUGCAAUAUCCGAAUUAUCCGAUCAAGUUAAUAAAACCGAUUUUUCUUGGGACCGUUGCAAUACCGACGUAAGAUGGGAAGAUGUCAAUGUCGUUUCGAGUCUUUUGAAAUUAUUCAUAAGAAGUUUGCCCGAUGCACUGCUGCCAAGUUCCUUUUAUAAUCAUUUUAUAGAGGCCGACAAGAAGGCGGGCAUGGAACGUUUACGGGAAAUAAAACAAUUGUUAGAAAACUUACCGCGCUAUUCAUAUGAAACAAUGAAACAUCUGUUUCGUCAUUUGAAUAGAGUUAGUAAAAAUUGCGACGUCAAUUUAAUGGAACCAAAAAAUUUGGCAAUUAUAUUUGGUCCUUCUAUUAUACGCACACCCAAUGAUACAUUAGAUAUAGCCGUAAAGGAUAUGAAACAUCAAUGCAGGAUUGUUGAGUUGCUAUUGACAAAUUACGAUUACUUUUUUGAAAAUGGCAAAACUCCGGACAUUGAAGAUGUUUGUGGCAAUAAUUUGGCAGCAUCAACAUCAUCGGCCACCGGUGUAACUGCUGCUGAACAACAGCAAGAGGAUCAAACGAACAUGUUGCUACACAACAUUUCAAAAAUCGAACGUUUUAGUGAACGUGAAUCUAACUCGAGUCACACGACCUCACGCACCUCACGCUUUAUGCCUCAAUUAGGGAAAAAGCCCCGUAAGCCUGGUGAUAGUAGGGUAAGCGAAUCUAAAUCUAAAUCUUUUCACACAUCCACAUCCAAUUCUAUUACCACCAAUACCAACAUUAUUACCAACACAAAACAUUCUAUUACUACACCCAUACUUCUCACCAAGAACACUCUAAAAAAUAUAUGCAAAUCAACACCCAAUAUUUCCACUCUAAAUACACGUUCAAUUUCAAGUCAUAAUCGUAAUGCUUCUAAAGCUUCUUGUGAAUCAGCGGUAGCAUAUCGUCAAAGACGCAAAGCUGUUCCAACCAUUUAUGAUUUUGGUGUAACUUUACGUUUACAUUUUCAGUCGACCAGUGCCACCACAACAGCGACUUCCUCAUCGAGUAGCAGUAGUACGACGACGACGGCUACAUCGACAAAAAAUAAAUCGAAGAAAAGUGAAAGUCGUAGUAUUUUGGGACAUCGUCAUGGUCGUAAGACUAGUUUAGAUGAAAAGGACUCGGGCAGUUGCAGUGGCAGCAGUAUUGCCAAGGAGACACAACGCAAUAGUGUUGACAUCUCGAUCACAUUAACCGAUGAUGAAAGCAGCAAUAGCCGUCUAAGUGAUACUGGUUCAAUGUCAUUAGGUGCUGUUACAGAUGCUUUAGAAGAUAAACUGAAAAUAGUUAAAUGUGGUUUUAAUUCAAACGAUGAAAAUGGUUCCCCAGAUUUUCCCCUAACCCCACGACGCUACACCAUUGGUGAACCACUACUUUUGCAUUCUGAAAACAUUCCUUAUGCCGAUGAGUCACCUGAAAGGCAUUUUCACAAUUUCCAUCCUCUCGACAAUGUAACGGGAAACAAUUUAAUGAUAAGUCGGUCGUGUGCUUCAACCAAUACGCUAAUGAAUGCCAAAAUGAAUAAUGAAAAACCCACUUCUUUUACAACGGGUUCAACUCUAACAACCACCUAUAAAACAACACACAAAUUGCAACAUUCAGCUACGGCACCUAUAAACUCUUCGCUGGGAAGUGUUGGUGGUGGCUUAACGUCUCCGCCUACUGCAGCUUCCACACCUACUACUAGUGCCCUUAAAGGAAAUUUAACAGCCUCAACAGCACGUAAUCUAUAUGCAACUAGCAAAAACUUGCGGUUUUCUUCUUCCGUUCAAGAACAAAGAUGUUCUGAAGACGAUUCUGAGGGCUCCACAACCAGUGAUCCCAAAGAAGCUUUAGUAAUGGCCUCGCCCUCCUUUCUGCUAGAUAAAUACAAUAAAAAACGUAGAGAUCAUCGUCUCUUUCGUUCGGCCUCAUUUAAUUGUCGUAAUUAUUCUUCGCGUUAUGGUGGCAGUGGCGCUGCAGCAGGUGGUGGUAUGGGUUCUAAUAUACCAACCACUGGCUUGACUAAAGAUGAAAAGACUGAUAUGAAUCUAACUAAAAAACGACAAAUUCAAAACAAACAAAAUCGUUCGAUUAAACGAAGGCAUACAGUAGGUGGUCCACAUGAUUAUAGUGGUGGCGCAGGUUCAAAUAAUUGCAAUCAUCAUUGCAAGAAUAUUAGCAAUAAUGGAUCUAACAACUCGACCGCUUCGAACUCAACGACUGUAGUAAGACGUAUACCCUUAUCUAGCGCCAAUGGUAAUAUACCCAAUAACAACAAUAAUAAUAACAAUAACAUGCAACAUGAUGAAGGUGGUAGCAGCAGCAGUACUAGUAAUGGCAACAAUUCAAGCAGUAGUAAUAGUAGUAGCAGCACUAAUAAUGCGGCCACUGUUAAUGUUGCCAAUUCGGCGGGAGAACACGUACUUGAAGUGGGCAUACGCAUUAAGAAUAUUAAUCGUGGUCGCUUUUAAGUCGAACAACAACAAUAACAUAUGAAAUAAAAAAUAAUACUAAAAGGAAUAAAAUUCCUGGGUGUUAAAACAAAUAUGGAAAUUGUGUGUUAAAGCAAAACCGAGUGUGUGACAUAUUUGGUCAAAACAAACGAGAAACAAGAAAAACAAAAAUAUUUAUUAAGAAAAAAAAUUAAAUUAAACAUAAAACAAAACCCACCCUCCCAGCUUCUUACAUAAAAAAUGUGUUAUUAUUGAGUACAAUCGUCAUCAUCAUUAUGAUAUCAUAAGUGUUUGUUAGAAAAAAAUGCAAUAAUAUCAGAGUUCAAAAGAAUUUAAAGUUUUCAUUUAAAAAAAAAAAAAACACAAAUGUGAAAAUUUAACACAACAAGUGAAAUUUAAAAAUUUCCCAAAUAAAAUACUAAAAUCAACAAAAAUGGAAAUUGCCAUCAUUAGUACUUAAAAAAGUCAUAUUUAUUGUGUGUGUGUUACCUUAUGGUCGGUCAAAUGGGUAUAAAACGAAACUGUAAAAAUGUGCAACAAAAUUCCUUAAGAACUCUGAUCUAUAGCCAAUCAUCCACACGAUUAUCAUUCAUUAUUCAUCAUCUUUUGUAUACUGUUUAAAUAACUAGUGUACAAAAACCCAACUAAAGCUAAAGCAAAAAGAUUAUAUGAAGAAGACAUAUGUUACUUCUGAUUAACCAACAAAACACCAAUUAGUAUGUAAGUAAAAAAAAGAAAAAUUUAAAUUAUAUAAAAAAUCAUUGUUGUUAAAUUCAAUUUCAACAUGUACUAUAUUAGACCGAGACGUACAUAGCUACAAAUACAUACAUAUAUAUAUUUUGUUUAUGUUUUAUGUGUACAACAAAAAAAGAAAUAAAUCAAGUAUGAACAUUAGGGUGGACGCAUAAGAAAAGUUUUUAAUGUUUUUUACGGUGACCCAAAACGAAAAUCACUGAAAACGAAACUUAAUUCAUUUUAAAAUACCGUUUGUAAUGUUUAAAUCCUGCAGACAAUGUUUGGUGAGCUGGGCCCUUUAAGAUUUUUUUUUAAUUUGUUCAUGUUUAAGGCAAAGUAAUGAUAUGAAAUGUUGAUAUUAUGUGAAUGAUCUUUGUCCUAAUUCAAAAAUAUUUUUUUUAAUUUUGGAAAAAAUUUAUUUUUUUUUAAUUUUUCGCCAAAUAUUUACGUCCGGGAAAAAAAAUAGAAAUAUAUUAAAAAUAACUAAAUUUCAGUAACUUCCCUAAAAGGUCACUCUAGUAAAUAUAAGGGCAAACACAAAACAAAAGUAGCUGAUAUUUUAAAAAAAAAAAUAAAUCUUUAAAAUAUAAAAAAUUAGGUUUUUGUGUUAUUUUCAUAUUUUCAACUCACCAAAUAUUCUCUCAACAUUAUAACAAUUAAUUAAGAAACAUUAUUUUAAAAUGAAUUAAACUUUCAUUUUAAUUAAAAACAUCUGCAACUUUUGUUUGCGUUCCACCCUAAUAAACAUGUGUAGUAUUAGCAAUCAUUUACACAAAUCAAUAUUUAAAAGAAAUUAUAAUUAUAAUAAUAUUUAUAGAAUUACAAAACGAAGUUACAUACAACUUAUAUAUUUAGA